AUGGGACGUAUGCACAACCCCGGAAAGGGUAUUUCCCGCUCCACCUUGCCUUACCGCCGUUCUGUUCCCGGGUGGUUGAAACUGACUUCCACGGAUGUUGAGGAGCAAAUCGAACGUCUGGCCCGUAAGGGUCUUCGACCCUCUCAGAUUGGUGUUAUCCUCCGGGAUUCUCAUGGUGUUGCCCAGGUCCGUCGCGUCACUGGCAACAAGAUCGUCAGAAUCUUGAAGAAAAAGGUAUGUCUUUCUUAUCUGUCUUGUUUUUUAGAGCAUUCCCUGUUUAAUUCAAUGUGUCGCUGUAAUACAUCUUUGUCAUUUUUUUUUUUUUUUUUUUGAUUAUUUAAUUCUGUUUUAUAAAUGUCUUACUUUAGGGAAUGGCCCCAGAGAUCCCAGAAGACUUGUACCAUCUAAUCAAGAAGGCCGUCAAUAUUCGCAAGCAUUUGGAGCGCUGCCGCAAGGACGUUGACUCCAAGUACCGUCUGAUUUUGGUCGAGUCACGUAUCCACCGUCUGGCCAGAUACUACAAGACCAAGAGACAGCUCCCCCCUACCUGGAAGUACGAAUCAGCCACCGCUUCCGCUCUCGUUUCAUAA